GAAUGUACUUGCGUUGGUGCCAAUAAUAGUAUUCUUCCAUAACUUCUUGGCCAAAAAAAAACAAAGGACAUAAAAGGCAGAUACAUAUCUUUAAAAGAAAUGAAACAUUGAAUCGUUAGAAGCUGUUUCGAAGACGAAGGAAUAUUUGAAAUAUCCAACAAAUAAGAAAAGAGCUUUUAAUCACUCUCAAGUCUCAAACAUACAAGAAGUAAGAACACACACUAAAUGACAAACCGUGUUCUAAAACCCUGGACCGGACCGGCUAAUUAAAUCCCGAUCAAAACCAUUGAACCGGAUCGAACCAUUAACCUGAAAAAAAUCGGUUACCGCUUGAAAACAAUAUUCUGGGAGAAAAUAAAGGGACAGAAAGGAGGGUUUUGAUUCGCUAAGUGGGAGGUGCAAGUGCAACGACAUUAAACCCUAAACUUUAAAGAUCUUCCUAUAAAUUUAUUCCUCUCUAUCUGAAAAUAAAACUCUUCAUAAUCUGAAAAGUUUUAUUAUUUUAUUUAAGAAUUAACACUAAUAAAUUAUGUUUAGUUGAAUAUUCUCCCUUUAAGCCCCUCUUUGAAUCUCUCCUGUUCUGUCUAAAAUAUUUCCAACGGAGACAGAUAUAGAGAGAGAGAGAGAGAGAGAUCAGUGGAGAUGACAAUGGUAGUUCCAAAAGAAGGGUUCGUGGUAAUGGCAAAGGAAUCUAUUUCUUCAUCUCCAUCAGAGUCUCCUCUUCGUCUCCAGCCUCAGUUUCCUGACUUGACGAUUCCUGUUAAAGAGUUCUUCAAGUCUAGGGAAGCUCGUGAGUUUCUUAGUGGGGCUUUAGCUGGAGCUAUGACCAAAGCUGUUCUUGCUCCCCUUGAGACAAUAAGGACGAGGAUGAUCGUUGGUGUUGGAUCAAAGACCAUUCCAGGCAGCUUUCUUGAAAUAGUACAGAAGCAAGGAUGGGUAGGUCUUUGGGCAGGCAACGAGAUCAACAUGAUCCGUAUCGUUCCAACGCAAGCCAUCGAGUUAAGCACCUUUGAGUGUGUAAAGCGUGUGAUGACCACAGCGCAAGAGAAGCUAAAGAAGAUCGAGAAGGCGAAGAUCGAAGUUUGCGGUGUUAGUUUCAGCCCUUCUAUCUCUUGGAUCUCUCCCGUUGCUGUGGCUGGUGCAGCUGCAGGUAUCGCCAGUACACUCGUUUGCCAUCCUCUAGAAGUCAUCAAGGAUAGAUUGACCGUGAGCCCUGAGAUCUAUCCGAGCCUAAGCCUCGCAGUACCAAGGAUUUUGAGAGACGAUGGGAUCCGCGGCUUCUACGCGGGUUUAGGACCGACACUGGUCGGGAUGCUUCCUUACAGCACAUGUUAUUACUUCAUGUAUGACACAAUGAAGACCACUUACUGCAAGUCCAAGAACAAGAAGGCUUUAAACCGUCCAGAGAUGCUUCUUCUUGGAGCUCUAGCCGGUCUAACGGCAAGUACCAUUAGCUUCCCAUUGGAAGUGGCGCGGAAGAGGUUGAUGGUGGGAGCUCUCAAGGGGGAAUGUCCACCAAACAUGGCUGCGGCGAUAGCGGAAGUAGUGAAGGAAAGAGGAGUGAUGGGACUGUACAGAGGAUGGGGAGCUAGUUGUUUGAAAGUCAUGCCGUCUUCAGGUAUCACUUGGGUCUUCUAUGAAGCUUGGAAAGAUAUUUUACUCGCCUCCAACACCAAACCACUUCUAUAAUGACAGAAAUUUUUAGAUUUACCAUUGUUUCUUGAAGCUAGUAGCUAUUAUCACAUUUUUCAAAGUUUUGAUUCUAAGAAGCUGAGUUUUUGUUUUUGUUUUUAAGGCUAAACAUUUUCUCUAUGUUCCUCACUCUAAUGAAAGAGCAAAUCAAUUUUUACC